UGCAGAUCAGGGAGCUGCAGAUAACAAAACAGAGGAGAAGGGAGACCUGCCUAGAAGCAAAAACAGAGUGGUAACCAUGGCCAAAUACUGUUCUUCUCUGCUGCUCCUCGGUUUGAGUUUGAGUGCGCGCUUCUGGUAGUGGCUUUUGGUGCUGGUGAUGGGGUAACUAAGAUCGGGACUUAUGAGCUCAAGAAAGAGGGAAGAUGUCUCUCAAGGUCACCAACUAUGGCGCCCAUAUGAUGUCUUUCAUCGUCCUGGACAAAAACGAGAAGAUGAAUGAUGUAAUUCUUGGAUAUGACACCGCUGAGGCUUACAAGGUAAUAUACAUGGAAUUGUAAAUCCCAC